UGCACUGCUAACAGCUCGCGAGAUUGCCGUUUCUACUCUGUUUCGGUCGUUUGAAUCCACCGUCCAAAGCUAGGCAGCGCACCAUCCUCCCAUUCCGACUCCCGACUCCCACGCCAACCGCCCACCAGUACAACACAACAGACAAGCUUGUUCACCUGUCUGCUUUGGCCGCGCAAUCAUGGCCGCCGAAUCUUCUUUUGGGGCAGGAGCGCCGAACCUCAACUUAUCCCCCGAAGAGAAGAGAGUCUACGGACUGCUUUUCCGCCAAGCUGAUACCGAGAAUGUGGGAGUGGUAACGGGAGAGAUCGCCGUCCAAUUCUUUGAGAAGACGCGGCUAGACUCGCGCAUACUCGGAGAGGUAUGGCAGAUAGCAGACCGAGAGAAUCGUGGUUUUCUAGAAGCUACUGGCUUCGGCGUCGCACUCCGUCUCAUAGGCCACGCCCAAGCCGGUCGAGAACCGACAUCAGAGCUUGCCCUCCAACAGGGGCCUCUGCCUAAAUUCGAUGGCAUCAACAUCGGUCCCGCCCCUGCCCCCGCGCCGCUGCAGCAGCAAGCCUCCGGCACUGGUCCUAUACGGAUACCGCCUCUGACUCCUGAGAAGGUCUCCCAAUAUGCUGCCAUUUUCGAAAACCAGAGUCUGCAAAAUGGCAUACUACCGGGUGGGCCGGCUAAGACCAUAUUCGAGAAAUCUCAGCUCCCGAAUGAAGUUUUAGGGCGUAUUUGGCAACUAGCAGAUACUGAGCAGAGAGGUGGUCUGGUGCUGACCGAGUUUGUCAUUGCGAUGCAUCUUCUCACUUCUAUGAAGACGGGAGCUCUGCGAGCAUUGCCAAGCAUCCUCCCUGCUCCUCUCUACGAAGCUGCCACGCGACGUGGACCACCGGCUCCAAGACAAAGCCCAACGGUUACGGGCCCCCAAGUAUCUGCCAUACCACGGCAGUUGAGCGGAUCGGCACAACCCCGAACGAGCAGCCCUCUCGGACGACCACCAUUAGGUGCGCAAGGUCUGGGUAUCCCUCCUCAGACAACCGGGAGUGACUGGUUAGUUGCACCGGCGGACAAAGCAAAAUAUGAUCAAUUUUACGCAGACCUGGAUAAGACCAACAAGGGAUUCAUUACCGGAGAGGAAGCUGUCCCUUUCUUAAGUCAAUCAAAGUUAUCUGAGGACGCAUUAGCCCAGGUCUGGGACCUUGCAGAUAUCAAUUCAGAAGGCCGUUUGACUAAAGAUACGUUCGCAGUCGCCAUGUAUCUCAUUCGUCAACAACGCACUAAGGGUGGUCCAUUGCCUACAUCUCUCCCUCCGAAUCUCAUACCUCCGUCUCUCCGAAACCGCAUAGAUCCGUCACCUUUUGCACCCCCUACGUCCUCACCUGCACCUGCGCCUGCGCCUAUUCAACCCCCACCACAACCCAAGUCUGCACUUGAUGAUUUGUUUGGAUUAGAUGCUUCACCCAGUCCCGCUCCUGCAUCCGCUUCACUGUCGCCUCAAGGUACAGGGGUAGCCACCAAAGCCCCUGCAGUCGAAGCAUUUGCUGGUGUGAAAAGCGCAUCCCCUAUCCAGUCGUCGCCAACAGGAAAUACCUUCAAGCCAUUCAUACCAUCUUCCUCAUUUGGUAAAACUUUAACGUCUCAGGACACUGGCGGAUCAGGGACUUCCUCUCAAGCUGCUAGGGGACAGCCAACUAAUAUGGAGGACCUUCUUGGAGAUAAUGACCCUGAGAUCAGUAAGAAGCUAACAAAUGAGACUGCUGAAUUGGCCAACCUGUCAAACCAAAUUGGCUCUUUGUCCAAACAAAUGCAACAGGUUCAGGGACAACGAGGCACAACGCAAAAUGAGAUCAACCAGGCCAGCGAGCAGAAGAGAAACUUUGAGCAACGGCUUUCUCAGCUACGGACUUUAUAUGAGAAAGAAGCCAAGGACGUGCGAACUUUAGAAGAACAGCUCAAGACUAUCCGUGAAGAAACGAGAAAAUUGACGAAUGAAAUGGUCUCUAUCGAUGGGACUUACCAGGAUUUAGUUGGGCAGCACCGACAGCUUUCGCAAGCACUUCAGACUGAUCAACAAGAGAAUGCUAGUUUAAAGCAACGUAUUAGCGCCGUUAAUUCGGAAAUUACGCAACUGAAACCACAGAUUGAAAAGCUCAAGUCUGAAGCUCGACAGCAAAAGGGUCUUGUUGCUAUCAAUAAGAAACAAUUAGCAACAGUCGAGGGCGAACGUGACAAGUUGCAAACCGAGGUUGAUGAUCUCACCAAGAGUAACGAGGAACUGGCCCGUCAAGCCAGCGCUAGCUCACCAGUAGCUGCGCCUGCUCAAGUAGCAAGCCCUACACCGUCUACUCAUUUGAUGAUAUCUUUGGCCCUAGUCCAAGCUCAAGCACGCCACCGCCAGUUACGUCCUUCAAGAAGCAAAACACGGGAAAUUCAUCAGCUAGUGUCGGCUCUUUUGGGACACCCACAGGCUCCUCUCCUACUGCUAGCCGCCAGGGAACAUUGAACAUAGAGGCCACCACGAGCUCAGAAUCCCGACAGCCAGUCUCAGGAUUCCCGCCUCUCAGUGAGACAUCGGAGUCAUCGAUUCCAACACGUCAGACAAUGUCCCCAUUCCCUAAUGCUCUCGAGGCGACUGCAACAGGUCAGAGCGCAACUUCAGUUUCAG